GCAGUUUAUAUAAUGAAUUCGGUUUUCUUGUUGUUCACGGUGAUUGCAUUGAAUUGCAAUGCGUCGCCGGAUGUAGAAGAAGCGUUCAAAGAAAAUGGAAUUGAUACUGAUGCCGGCAUUGUUGCUCCGAAGGAGAUCGUAAAUGCAAGUAUCAAUACGACUAGAUGAAUAAAAAUUAUCUCACAAAUAUUAUCUUUUACAUACUUCUUAAGGUGGUUUAUCCAGAUGGCACUGCUGUUCGAUUGGGCAACGAAUUGAAACCAUCACAAAUACAAGAUAAGCCUACCGAAGUUGCGUGGCCAUGCAAAGAAGGUGCUUAUUAUACAGUGCUUAUGUACAAUCCAGAUGGACCGUCACGAGUUGCGCCGGUGAAUCGAGAGUAUAGACAUUGGCUCGUGGUGAAUAUCCCGGAAAAUGACAUUGAGAAGGGACAAGAGGUGGUGGGAUAUAGUAAGGGAGUACCACCAAAAGGAAGUGGGCUUCAUCGAUAUGUAUUUUUGGUCUUCAAACAACCCAAAAUCAUUAAAUAUAACGAACCGUACGAGUCACCUGAGAAUCAUGACAACCGUCCAAAAACGUCAGCAGCUAAAUUGGCAAAGGAAUAUGGCUUGGGUGAUCCAGUGUGUGGCAACUUCCUCCAAACUCAGUACAUUGAGGGUGAUCUUCCUGAGGCCACGACAGAAUCCCAUAAAUAAAUUUGUCGAUAAAAAACUUAAAUGGCUGCAAAUCUUAGCUCAUUUUAUUCUUGAAAAACGGCGGAAGCAAAGUUAUACACCCAAUAAUAA